AUGUUUGGACUGUGGUUCUUUUUUAUAAUCCAUGGAUUGCAAAUAUUCGCGCCCCCAUCAACCCUCGGCACACCCGCGACACACCUGAUCUUCCAUCUGCGCAGCAGUCCACACGCUCAUUCUGUUCUGCACGCUGCACUCUUCUUGCAGAAAAGAAGGGCUUGGAUACGUUGGAUACGUUCUUCACCAAGAAGUCCGGAGACCCCCCACUACCUUUGGAUACUUGGCCGACUCCAGAGAGAAUCCAUGUCUCGUUUCGUGGUGACGGGAGCCAAUAAAGGCAUUGGCCUGGAGAUCGUGAAGGGUCUCCUCGAAACCAACAAGAACGCCUUCGUGUUCCUCGGCAGCCGGGACGCCGCACGUGGCCAAAACGCCGUGCAAUCACUCCUCGAGCAGAAUUCCGAGUCAUACUCCGGGCGAGUCGAGGCCCUCGAGAUCGACGUGUCCGACGCAAGCUCUGUCUUGCAGGCGUCGGAAACCGUUCGCACACGCCUCCAAAGUGGUGGCUGCGGCGGCGGCGAUGGGGCUGGGGUGUCGUCACCGGCGUACUUGGACGCCCUCAUCAAUAACGCCGGGAUGAUGCCCGAGGACGCGUCUUCCCCGACCGGGUUCGCGUCCUGCAUCGACGUGAACUUCCGCGGCGUGGUUCGUACGACGGAGGCGUUCCUCCCGCUCCUUGAACCAUGGAAGGGACGGAUCGUCAACACUUCCAGCACGUUGGGACCGUCGUUCGUGGCCAAAUGCAGCCCUGAGCGCCAGGCCCUCAUGACCGACCCCGAUGUCACGCACGCACAGAUCACCAGGCUUGUUGACGAGUGCUUGGCCAUCGCGUCUGCCGACGGCAGCCUAAGGGGAAAAUUCGCUGCUGCCGGCCUGUCCGGAAUAGAUGGAAACAUGGGUGUGUACGGGUUGUCGAAGGCGUUGGUCAACAUGUACACCGUGCAACUGGCGCGGGAGCACCCGUCGCUAACCAUCAACGCGGCCCAUCCGGGCUUUAUCAAGACCGACAUGACCGCUCCUUUCGAGCAAUCCGCGGGCAGAACGCUGGAAGAGAUGGGCGCCAAGACUCCGGCAGAGGGCGCGAGAGUUCUCGUACACUUGGCGACGGCCAAGGUUAGAGGUAGCGGGUGGUACUUUGACAGCGACCUUCAGCGGUCAUCGCUCGGCCGAUAAAGAAGCGUCGGCCUACGACGAGAAGUAGCCGGUUCUUUGGCUGGGAUAGAAACCCCGAUUUUCAUUUGGGGAACACAUAUCGUACCUAUGUGAGAACCGUCGUGGGGGAUGCAGGCCCCCCUGGCCUGGCCAGCCUGCGUGUGGAGAGUCGCAUGGAUACGCCGGGGAGAGAGCAACCCGGCAUUCAUUUCCACUCUCGCACGUUUAAGGCAGAAUUGAACGUGGUGACUAACAAAGAUAUUGUCGUGUCUUUUCCGGCGCAACAACGAAAGAGGGUCCUGCGUGUCCAAUGAUAGCCGACCCCAUAUUUGUCUCGCCUUUAAGUCUAACGUCGCGCUUCUCCACAAGGGUAGAACACGGACAGUAUGAAGCGUACCCGCCUGUGACGCCGUUUGCGAGUGCACUGAAAACCAGGCAACGCGUAAAAACAUCAUUCGGUAGAGAUAAAAGUUGGCAUCAGAACACUCUUUUCCCAAGGAAGGUUUACCUGU